AGCAUCUCCCCUUGAUACCACACCUGCUCGUCUUUACUUUUAUUCUCUCCCAUUUGCACUUAGCCCAAGGGCACAUUGGAUCAUACUAAAAGAACCGCCCAACGUAAGUAAUGCUAGACCACAACAGCGAAUGGGGUAAACUCGCAGGCCGCAUAGCCAUAGGCCUGGCAGCAGCCUACUUCAUUUCGUUCUUCUACAAGAUGGUCAAAGUGCGACUUAUCUUCUACCGUCUCAAGAAACAAGGAAUGCCAAUGCCUCCCUGGAACCCAAUUCUGGGGCAUCUCCACGUCGUAGCUGGGUUUUCCAAGCAAUUUCCUAGCGAUAUGCAACAAGCUCAGUCUUUCGGGGCCCUUGCAUCUCAGAACCCCGAGCUGCAGGCUGGUUACUACCUGGAUGUCUGGCCAUUCGGUGUCCCGAUGUUUCUUGUUGCCUCGCCUGAGCUGGCUGUGCAGGCGUGCCAGACGUAUGAUCUUCCCAAACCAGAUGUGCUUGCCCCGAUCAUCGGGGAGAUGGCUGGUGGACGGAACUUGUUCGUGGUGAAUGGUGCGGAGUGGAAGCGGGCUCGGGAACUAUUCAACUACGGGUUCAGUAUGUCGGCUGUCAUGUCACGCGUUCCUCAGAUUGUUGAGGAAGCAGAAGUAUUUGUGGACAUUCUGCUAGAACAUGCGAGGAAGGGAGAUACCUUUUCUUUGGACCAGGUGGCUUGCAGUUAUGUUAUGGAUAUUAUUGGGCACGAAGCAUUGUAAUUACCUAUUCUCGGCGCAUUGCUAGUAUCCAAAAG